UGUCAGAAGAAUCCGAAAGCAGUAUGAUGAACCCGCAUGCAGCCUCAUUCUCCGUCAUCUGUGCACAGAGAUCAUAUGCGGCUUCAUUGUAUCGGCGAACGCAGCGGGCAGGGGAGCUGCAUUAGAUCAAGAUCUCUGAUCAGUGACCAAGCACAGUAGUCCUUCGCUCCCUGCACGCCUCCAAAAACCGCCGUCUCGCAGCAGAGAGUACAGGGUCUGUCUGUUCGACCGCGCUCCCUCGCUCCCCCUGCAGCGCCAUGUCCUGGAUGUUUCUGGACUGGUUCGUCCCGGUCUACCUGCUGGUGUCAGUCCUGGUACUGGUCGGCUUCGGAGCAUGCCUCUACUUCCUGGAGCCGGGGCUUCAGGAGGCUCACAAGUGGAGCAACAGGACUGUGAAGCACCACCCGCUGGUGGUCAGCGUGCAUUGCAAAUACGACGAUGGCAAUGCCCUGAUAUGACGGGGGGGACCACACACAACUGAGGAAGGACAGGGACUGGUCAUCUGAGGUGAGGAGGGGAGGAGGGUGAACUGAACGGCCUGCAGUAUGGCAGACUGAGACAGAUACCUCGUGAGAAGUUGGGGGCAUGAGGAGCGGACAUGAAGGUGCUCAUCAGUAGCACCAGGGGAGGAUCAGUGGUGGACGCCAUUUAAAUCUAUGAAAGUUUUGUCGUGGAGAGGGGGGAAAAAAAUCUAAUUGUGUUUAUUUGAAAAAGUGUAGUUUGUGUUUUCAUGUUCAUUCCUGUGCCAUUUCAAAAUAUGUGCCAAUUUUUUGCAGAUGUUUUGUGACCUGACAAUCACUACGCAUUAACCAUCAUGUUUAUGCAUUUUAGACCAUUUGUAGGGAACUAAUAAAGUGCAAUAUAUUUCUAAAUGUUGAAACCACUGAGACAAUAUCGGUGUUCUUAAAACAAUAUAUGGGAGCUGCUGUGAAGGUGUUGCUUGUUCUAACAAAUGUGGUACUUAAAUUAAACUGCAAAUUGUGGUCAGUAAUGAUAUAACGUGAUGGGUCCCAUGUAGGUAAGUAAUGGUGUGAAGGUUUGGUGGGAUGCCAAUACACAGGAGGCCAUUACUAAAAUGUAUGCAGUCACUGCUGUACGUCGCUUUAGAUAAGGAAGUCUGCCAGGUGGUGUAAACAUAAAUACCAGUGAUAUGCUUUAUAGAUUGAUGACAGAUGUUCAAGAUUGCCAAAAUAUUUUAAUUCAAAUUGAGAUAUAAUACAUUUUAUUCUCAUUGUCUGUUUUUACUGAAGGAUGGAGAAGAACGUUUACGCCUCUCUUUAUGUUCAUUGUUGACCACAUGACCAGAUCUAUCUAGUCAUGACAAAUAACCAAGUAAACGGUUUCAUCACCUCUUUGAAUGUUCAUUCUUGUGCGCUGCUCUUCAGCCCUAAAAACAUGAACACUGGAAAAGAGCAACACUGUUCCAAGAGACACACGUCGUGUUUCUCACAGAGAAACGAAAUUUAGGAGGGGGGGGAGUGGGAGAGGGAAACAGUGCAGCUUUACAUGAGAGGAAUUAGGAGAAUGCACUUUGGUACCCACUACUUCUAGCUGUCCGGCUCCCUCCCUCUCCCUCACUCACUCUAUGGCAACAACACGGAUAGGGACAUUCGCAGUCCCUCAGGUCAGUGCUUGUUUAAUUGUAUAUUCUCACCUUCACAUAAUUGCUUUGUUCUCUGGUUUGGAGUAUGCUACAAUGCAGUAUUAAUAUUAAAUACUUGAGUAUGUAUUUGUCAUGAACUUUCUUUUGUUGCUUUUGAUGAUUAUUACAUUCUAGACACUGGGUUUUGUUUUUCUGAGUACAAACACUCAAAAACAAUACAAAGGCUUGCUGUUAUGUAUACACCAAUAGAGAGAAAUGAAUUGACGUGACAUUUAUUUCCCUCCAAUUACCUUGGUAUCAGCCCCUACCACUCCAAAAUUACCAGGCAACUACCAGGCAAAUAACCAUCAUUUCUCUUUGCCAUGAGUUUUGCAAACCAUCGUGCACCCUCCCUACCUCAGCUGCCCUUGGCUCAAAAACAACCCCAGAAACCUCCAGUUCCCCCAUUGCUCCUUCGUCUCCCGCUGUCUCCUGUAGUCAUGAAGAAACCCAUCCGGAUAUCGUCCUUUGACGGUCAAGGAUUCCAUCUUCAUUCAGAGAGGACCCACGAAGACGGAUCCACAACACCUCCUGUUCCACAGCCCAAACCGAGUGUCUCUUCAACACUUCCUAAGAUCAGGCUAAGUCCCCCCACAACACUUUACACUCCAAAGCCGAUUUGGAAAAUUCCUGAUAUAGAUCAGAGUGCCUCUGCCAAAAUUCCUUUCCCAAAUCAUGGUGUUUCUCAAACGCUUCUUAUUCAAAAGUCAAACAUCUCUCCGAAACCACCCAUCCAGGCAACACCACUGGAAAGCCAGCGCACCAGACAGUCCUCGGUUUUGGCCAAAGAAAGAUGGGUCCGCUCAAACCCUAUCUCUAGUCAUAAAGGUCAGGCUAACCAUGGUAACCAAUGUACUCCUAAACCUGCUGUCCAUGACAUACUUGACCAUGAGGUUUUAAUUGAAUUUGCAACUCGCUCUGGGUCAAUAAAGACAUUGUCUAACUCUGGACGUCUAGGCUCACGGGCUGAUACACAGAAGCGUUUCCCCCAACAAGCUGGACAUUCAGGGGCUCACAGGGUUAAAGGCCCAAAGGCCCAGGCUCCUGACUUACUGCAGGCCAGGCUAGGACUAAGGAAAAAAGAGAUGAUGACAAAAUCCAACCUUGGGUCUCCUCUUAGUAAGGAGGACAUUUUCAAGCAAAAGGUUUCUAGCACGGUCUCGAGGACAACUGAUUUGGUGUCUCCGUCAGACAGCGUGCCGGCCAGAGAAGAUGUUGUCUUAAGAAGUAAAGUCCCAACUGUUGUUGAAAAUGAUUCUCAAUCAAUUCAUUUUCAAUUUUACUCAAAGAAUGGCGGACAGAACUCCCAGGACAGCCUUGCUCCCCCAAAGUCAUUUAAACACAUACAACAUAUUAAGAUGGGACUUCAGUCUCAGUCUGCCAGCGUAUCUGCUGGUCAAUUGCUUUUCUCUCAAAAGGACUACGGUAGAAUUUCCUCACUUCCCAAAUCACAAUUUUGUGAAGAAAACCUUCCAAGACAAUUGUCACCUGGAGAGGUUAAAGAAUGCCAAAUAAGCAGCUGUCCCAUCUACGCAGGUGCAAAAAAUGAGUUUGCCACCAACAUGUCUCACCUGGAACAAUCUACAAAGACAGACUCAGAGGCCAGACUUCAAUCUAGUGGCAUACCGAGCCCAAGCAGAACUAUCAAGAACCUCCAAAAGCCUAAAUGCUGGAACAAACCUCAGUGCCAAAUUCCAAAGACAUGUGUACAGACCAGUGAGAAAGAAACAAAUAAACAGAUUAAAAGGUCAAAAAGCAGCAUCUCUGAAACAUGUCAGAUGGUAUCUCCAACCCAAGGGUUGUCUGUCAUAACAUCUACUCAGUUAGACACACCACACAGUGAAACUGACAAACAUGGACAGGGCCUGUAUAUAGAUCCUCGCAAAAAUACCCGUAGUAGUUUAGUUACAAAACCUACAGAACCUAAUCGAGAUGUGUUGCACAGCAGAACUCUUUCCAAAAUGCUCAGCCCCACACAGAAAUAUAAUUUAGAUGCUAACCUAUCGACUUCAGAAAUGGUAGAGGGCAACAACUUCAGUAACAAAGGACUAUGGCCCAGUUGUUUAAAACCAACCCAAUCAGAUCCGCCAGCACCAACUGACCAAGAGAGGCCUAAAAUCAACCCGCCAGAAUAUUCCUCAGAAGAAUGGUCUAUUCUCUGGCUUCAGACCAUGAAGCGCAGCCGGCAGAAAAACACAUCACAGGUUGGCACCGGUUCAACUGAGUUUGCUGAACAACCAUCCCGACCCCAGCUAGGCUGCUACUACAGACCAUGGGAGAAGAAAAUCUCACCAUUAUCACAUGAAUUGGAUGACCCUCUUUCAAGCAUGGCAUCUGUCACUGAAGAGGCAGACAGAUUUUGUGAUGACAUCACCAUACCUUCUGGAGUGUAUGUGUCAACGGACAUGUCAGAAUCCAUAAUUCCUCCUGAAGUGAGACCUAAACCGGCUGUCCCUGCCAAGCCACCUCACGUGGUAGCGCCAUCCCCCACGGCCCCCCACGGACCCCAGGGGUUGGGUGGGCUAGGCGGUGGGAUGGGGUACGGUGGUGUGGCUGAUCGAGCUCCAGGGUCAGGUCACCUGGGCGGUGGAUCCACGCUGCUGGGAUACAUUGGGAUUGACACCAUCAUCGAGCAGAUGAGGAAGAAGACCAUGAAGGCUGGUUUCGACUUCAACAUUAUGAUAGUGGGUCAAAGCGGGCUGGGCAAGUCGACACUGGUAAACACGCUGUUCAAGUCCCAGGUCAGCAGGUGGAGCUCAGCAUGGGGGAGCGAGUUCAAACUCCCCAAGACGGUGGAGAUCAAGGCUGUGUCUCACGUCAUUGAGGAGGGUGGAGUGAAGAUGAAGUUGACAGUAAUUGAUACGCCAGGUUUUGGUGAUCAGAUCAACAAUGAGAACUGCUGGGAGCCCAUCUCCAAGUACAUAAACGAGCAGUAUGAGAAGUUCCUGAAGGAGGAGGUCAAUAUUGCUCGAAAGAAGCGGAUCCCCGAUACUAGAGUUCACUGCUGCCUCUACUUCAUCUCCCCAACUGGACACUCUCUUCGGCAGCUAGACAUCGAGUUCAUGAAGCAUCUCAGCCGCAUGGUUAACAUUGUCCCUGUAAUCGCCAAGUCUGACACCAUGACACCAGAUGAGAAGAAUGAGUUCAAACAGAGGGUGAGGAAGGAGCUGGAGGUGUGUGGAAUCGAGUUCUACCCGCAGAAAGAAUUUGAUGAUGAUAUGGAAGACAAAAACGAAAAUGACAAGAUUAGGGAGGCCAUGCCCUUUGCAGUAGUGGGCAGUGACAAGGAGUACCAAGUGAAUGGCAAACGAGUUCUGGGAAGAAAGACUGCCUGGGGAGUGAUAGAAGUUGAAAAUCCCAAUCACUGCGAAUUUGCACUGCUAAGAGAUUUUCUAAUCAGGACUCACCUCCAGGACCUGAAAGAAAUCACCCAUAAUAUCCACUAUGAAACGUACCGCGCCAAGAGACUCAACGAGAACGGAGGCCUGCACCCCAUAUCCGCCAACGACACCCAAGAGAGUAAUCUGUAAAAGUAGGAUUUAACAUUGAAAGGAGAGAGAGAGGGAACCAAACAGACAGAUAUAUUGAUCGUGAAAUAUGUGUUGUUAUCAGGGCAUCACUGCAUGCUGUGGAAUUCAUUUUAACUGAAAAGCUUUCAUUUCAAAACGCGCCUACAUCUCUCUUUCCUCUGCCCACACACACGCUUUCCAGGAACACCUUGAAUUAACGUGAGCCUGCAGUCGAAAGCAAGCCUCCCCCUGCAAAACAUUUUGUGAUUGAAAGGAAUGACACAAAUAAAAUAAAAUAAUUACGGUCAUUCAUUCAAAAUGGAUUUCCUUUUUCCACUUUCCUUGUGCUCCACUCACCCAUGGCCUGCAAGUAGAAAGUUUGUUAUCUAAGUGCUACUAUAACAAUUGAUUUUAUGCUUAAACCUAUAUCAUGGGGCUGGCUGAAAUAUAUACACACUUCAUGGACCACAGAAGCAUAAUGAGUUAUACACUUAUGAACAGAACAAAGGCAAUAUUUAUUUCACAUUGUAUUACUUUUGCUCUGCAAGUAAAAUGCCAAAGAGCACAACAAAAUAUAGAAAUCAUACCCUGACAUUUUCUUAGCCAUUGUAACUUGUGGGCUUUUUUGGAAGUCAGAAUGACGUGCCAAUUCUGUUUUAUGCCUCCCUGCCCCCUUCUUUGCCACCUGAGGGCAGUGCUUCUCUUUGUGUUAUCUCUCAGUGGGGGAAAGUUUGGGCACAUCGAGAUAGCUAGAGCUCACAACUGAGAUCUGACAUGCUGUAGCAUGGGCUAUUGAGGGCUUUCACAAAAGUAGCCAACUGGGUUGCCGCACUUUGGUGUAAUUUUAGUCAGUAGUGGUGCUCAACAGCCAAAACUGAUCUUUGGGGAAGGGUCACCUGACUCCACCGGAUCACCCAACCAACAAAUUAUGUAUACUUCUCAAUGGCGCUGCCCAGACUCACCAACUCCAUAAUGAGAUAAGUGCAGAGAUGUGUUGUAAAUCCGCAUCUUUGUUUAGGUAGUGCUUUUAUCCCAUAAUUUCCCAUCAAAUCUGGUGACUCAUGACCAGUGCUAGUUUACAUGAGGUCCUCCAUGACUUACGUCAUAGAAUGUUCUGGUACCAGUGUAAUUAUUUGUAACUUAAAAUCAGUUAGGAUAUGACAUGCUGACGUUUACAAAGGUUUCUUAUGGAAAUCACCCUUUGAGGUUGUUCUGUAAUGGUCCGUUUAUGACAGGGUACAUAUAUUCCAGAAGUACAAAGAAUUCAGUUUCACUAUGUUUAUCGACCAACUUUGGAUCUAUACUGUAUUCAGAAUAUAGGGGUUGCCCUGUGACUGUUUUAUAUAAUCAUACAUUGAGUGUGUGCGUGCGUGUGAGUGAGAGGUGACUCAAUUUGUUGUCCAACGUUUGCAGAAAUUUGUAGUUGUAUAUCAGCAAUGUGGUUUUAGUGAAGAUGUUUUUCAAGGAACCAUCGAAACAAUCCAAAAUUCUUUUCACACUAUUGUUUCUAUACAGUGUUUUCAUGUGUACAUGUCAGGAAACAUCUCAAUUUCUCUGACCGUCCAUCCAGACAUCCAGACUUAUUCUCAUGGAUGUUCCCAGCUCACAUAUCACUGCACGAUAUUAUUUAGUGUGCACACCAACCAACUACUGAUAACUG